AUGGAAACAUCCACACAUACCUUCAAAGAAGCCGACGGACUCUCAUUGGAAAUCGACGUCUCCAAGCCAAAAGCCUCUGACAAUGGAAUCGUGCUCGUGCAUUUCCACGGAGGAUAUCUGGUCCUCGGCGAAAAAUCAACUAAGCCCCCGCACUGGCUCAUAAACGCCUGCCGCGCGCGCGGCUGGACGUACGCAAGCCCAUCCUACCGGCUCCUCCCCGAAACGCCAGGGCUCGAAAUCCUCAGCGACGCGCUCGACACAAUCCGCUGGGUACGCAGUAAUCUCAGCAAGAAGAUCAUCAUCGCUGGAUCCAGUGCAGGCGGGUACCUCGCGCUGGCGUCGGCGGCGCAUCCAACGUGCCCAAGGCCACUCGCCGUGUUGUCAAAUUAUGGCAUGCUGGAUCCCGCGGGGAAGAGGUAUGUCGAACCGGGACGGCCUCUUCGUGCGCCCGUGAGUGAUCUGCCAGCUGCUUUGGAAGAGGUUCGGGAGGCUAUGGUGAGCGGAAAACCACUUGAUGGAUAUCCGUUCCCAGAGAACCCACCGGCCGAUAAGAGAUUCAACUGGAUCAAGGCGAUGCAUGAGGGCGCUAUGUUCCCUGACGUGCUAACCAGGAUCCCUGGACUCGCAAAGGUUAUUAAGCAGCAGGGUGCGGAGGUAAUACCUGACGAAUAUCGGUCUCUCUUUCCGGCAUCAUUUGCUCUAACAAAGAAUUUCCCGCCAACUAUUUUGUUGCACGGAGACGCAGAUGAGUUGGUGGGCUUUGAGCAGAGUGCCCUAGUCGCAAAGAAGUUGGGCGAGCUUGGUGUUCAGGUGCACCUGGAGCGAGCGGUGGGUCAGGGACAUGGAUUUGAGCAUAAUGGCUUUAUCGAUCUUGAUGCCGGGGACACAAAUGGGGAGGACGAGGAGAUGCUAGAAUGUUUGCGUCGAGUUGUUUCCGCUCUAGAGAAAGCUUGUGCUUCUGCUCAGUGA